CAGCUGAUCGAUUCAAAACAAAGAUGGCGGCUCACCUCCGACGAUUCUGUCAGGGCGUCACACUUUUCAGCAGAUGUUCCCAUUCUACGAGGGGUUUAAGGACAAUUGCUUAUAAGACAUACAACCCGAAGAGUCCAAGGUUUUACCUGUAUGGCACAGCGGUCGCAACGUCACUUUACUUUGGGUGGAAAUGGGUUGAGAAGAAUGCAAUGGUCGAGGCAGCUCGGCCGACCCGACGUGUGACAGACGAGCAGACCCUCCGCGGGCUGAAGCUGAACCACCGCGAGCGACGCUUCAUCAAGUUCUCCUCCGUCGAGUACCAGGGCCAGCUGUACAUGACGCCGCAGGACUUCAUCGAAUCUGUCACCGACUCAGAACCGAGACCCCGGCUGAAGCGGAGAGUCCUGACAGAGAGAGACCUCGAGCGAUUCAUGCAGGAGACGCCCCUGCUCUCCAAGGGCUCCCCAGACAUGUUCCGAACCAUCUUUGACAAGGGUAUUAUAUCAUAUACGGAAUACCUCUUCCUGCUUUCAAUCCUGACAAAGCCACAGACGGGAUUCCGCAUUGCAUUCAACAUGUUCGACACCGACGGCAACGAGCGAGUUGACAAGGAGGAAUUCCUUGUGUUAAUGGAGAUGAUAACUGCUGGUGUUUAUCGAGCCUAUAACACUUGGAUUGCUGACACGAUCCACGGGAAGCCAACCCCAAAUCAGGAUGAGAAGCUUGCCGCCACAAAACAGGUUGUAAGUGAGCAGCUCGUGGGGAGGUCAGCCAACAGCGUUCGUGUGGGGCUUGAGAAGAUCUUCAGUACUGCUCGCAGAGACCGACUAAACCGAGCUUUGGAGGGAGCAGUAAAACAGACAGAAGGUGAGGAUGGGGAGGUGGAGGAAGUGCUGGAGGAUGAGCUGCAGAAGAGUCAUGUUGUCGACACCACUUUGCUACUCCACUUCUUCGGCAAGAAAGGAAAGCAGGACCUCAAGUUCGAAGAAUUUAAGAUGUUUAUGGAAAACCUACAGACAGAAGUACUAGAGAUUGAGUUCAAUGAAUUUUCGAAGGGCCUGCCUGCCAUCACAGAACUAGACUUUGCGAAGAUUUUAUUGCGUUACACUUACUUGCAGUCUGACCAGUACGAGAUGUACCUGGAAAGAUUGCUAGAUCGCAUCCCAGAGGGUCGAGGUAUCACAUUCACCGAGUUCAAGUCUUUCUGCCAGUUCCUCAAUACACUAGAUGACUUUGCUAUUGCCAUGAGGAUGUACACACUUGCUGACCAGCCCAUUUCACAAGAGGAGUUUCAUCGGGCUGUGAAAAUCUGCACUGGAACAGAGCUCAGUCCACACAUUGUAGAUACUGUGUUUAAGAUCUUCGAUGAUGAUGGAGACGGCCAGCUGAGUUACAAGGAAUUUAUUGCUAUCAUGCGUGACAGGCUUCAUCGUGGCUUUAAGCAUACAUCCAGGAGUGAGGGCUGGGAUGCCUUUAAGCAGUGUGUCAAGAGUGAAAUGAAAGCUGUAGUGUGAAGCAACAACAGCUGCGGGAAGGCUGGGAAGGCUUCAAGGCUUGUUUGAAAGAAGAAAUGAGACAGGAUGUUCAACAGCCAAGCUUGACUUAAACACACAGACUUUGAAGGCAAAAGAUAGACUGUGUCUGCAAGAAGUUGAUGGUUUUUGUGCAUGACUUGCAUUUGGACAUUCAUGCUUGUAUUUAUCAUGGUGAUAUAUAAGCAGUAUUGAUUUUGUAUAUACUUGAUUAAAAGAGGUCUGAGAUAAGUUUUUAAAAUAUCACAAUUCUUGAUAGAGAAUUUGGUCAUUUUUUUGAAGGAGAGUGAACUUGCUGGAAACACAGUUGCAGAACCUACUUUUUAUCAUUUAUGCAACAUUAUAUCCAAAAUGAUCAUGUCUGUCAAUGAAUUUCUCUGGAGAUCUCCUUAAGAUCAUCAUUACUUUCUGUAGUGCACCACAUUUGUGAAAACUGUAAAAUGUGCAUUAACAAGCUAAUUUAUUGCAAUAAAGAUUUAUGGGCAGUGUUCCCCCAAUUAAGUUCCUUAUCCAUUUUCUUAGUUAUUCAGCUUACUUUACUCAGUUAUUUAUUAAGAAGAAGUCAUAGUAUGUAAAACUCCUUGAAGCAUGUAAAAUAUUUCAGGCUAUGUUUUUUGUAGUUCUUGCUCUCUGUGUCUUCCAUUGAAACUCCAUUAAUUUAUUUAUCUUCCUUUUGAUCUUCCUCAGUAUCCUUUCUCUCUACAUUCUUCCCUACUCCCUUGUCACUUCUGUUGCCCAUUGAAGUCUCUUUAAAAGUCACAUCAGUGUCAAAAUGAGUCAUUAUUUUGCAUGUUUGUUAUUGUGUUUUGUUAAAAAGUUUAUCUUUAGUUGCCAUAUAGUGUAGUAAUGGUAGAAAAAUAGAUUGCUGUAUAUUAUGUUUGAAUUAUAUUUUAUGAACAUAUAAUUUAAUUUAUAUAACAUGAGAUGGAGAUAGUGCACAAAUAAUUUAGACAAGUAUUACAUUUGCGAAGGCAAAGAUUUUCAGUGCUUUUGUAAUUAAUGUUUUUCUAUUAAUUUUAACUGAUGUAAAUUUGUAAUUCUAAACAAUGUUGAUUGUAUAUGUUCUUAAAACCUUAACAUGUUUUGCUUUGUGAUAAGACAGUGGGCAUCCCUCGGCCAAUAUAUGAAUCAACGGCCAAAUGAAAUACAUGCCCCAUGGACAUGUUUUGAUAGUUAUUUAUGAGAGACAGAUGAUUCAAAAGUAUAAAUAUGAGGUAAUUUGUACUUUAGAAAAAAAAAAAAAAUCUUCCUCCUCAUUUCCAUUAUUUUUAAUCUCUGCCAUCUUCUAUUGAUUUUUGUACGUGUAGGAUGUAUAGGGUAGUGACCCCCACUUUAUAAAGACAAGUAGGAGUAGAUCAUCAGAGUAGAUUACAUGAAAUGUAUGAAAAGCAGUGUAUAAUUUUGUAGCUGAUAAAAAGCCACUUAGAAGAAGCAGGUAUUUGGCUGACAGUUUGAGUUCAUUGCUGGCCAUAUAGUUAAGUGAUAAAUGUAACAGGGAGAAUUUUAAUUAUUUUCAAACUUGAUUUUAUAGUUGCAGUCCAAAAAUAAGAAAUGGGUGCUUCUUAAUUCAUGCAACAUGUUCCAUGUGAAGUGGAUACACACUAAUUCUCUUGUGUCAUUUACAGUCUAAAUAGAAUGAAGCUAGUUGUACUGUACAUAGUAAGUGCAACACAAUAUAUUGUAUAUUUUAUUGGGGACUAUCUCC